AUGGCUGGUCUACCUCCGCAUCCACCUCCAUUCCAUCCCGCCUCUCCGUCUCUGAAGAGCCUUCACAAGUUCUACUCUCCGGCAGGGUCUUACACCAGUCUUCCGUCCAGCCCGGUCAUACAUUCGCCCAGUGCCAUCGUCUCUCCCACUCCCGUCUACCCUCAAUCGAUCAUGCAUAUGCACCUCAAGACGGAGUUUGAUCCUCUCCAGAGUAGGCAUGAUGAGAACCGCGCUGGGGCCGGAACGCCACACUUCAAGAAGGGAGAGCUGCCACGGGCUGGCGCCGUUCCUCUCAGCACCGACCGGAACAUCAACCACACCAGCUCGGACAUGGACACCUUACGCCCUGCGCACCCGCUGGACGCCUCUCCGUCACACGUCACUUACUUCCUCCCAUCAUCACUCUACAACUCGGAGGACGCGUUCACUAUCCGCUACGCCCACGCGUUCACGUCCAUCAUCCCAACGAACGGACCCAACGGUGGCGCCGCUCUCACCGAAGUACCUGGUCUCAUGGCCGGCACGAACCCGACGAGGCACAUGAAGGAUCGCAGCGUCGUUUGCUUUGAAAAGAUGAACGGUACCAUUACCUACGUUUUUGAGGCGGAGGGGCAGGAGCGCGUUGAGCGCGAGGUCAACCUGAUGGAUAACAUCAGUCUCCGGAUGAGCACUGUCGCGGAGGGCGCUUGCGCGCUUGUGCGCGGAUUCUAUCGCAACCAUCGUGAAUUGGGUAUUGAUCCGGAGAAGGUCGUCCCACUUGGGUUGGUCAAGAAGAAGUAUGGCAAGUACGUCGUGGUGGCAGGGGUGAUCGCUCAGUAG